GCGGCUUCUCUGCGCGUCCCAGCUCGCCUGAGGUCGCUGUUCUGAGCGUCACCUCUCCUCUUCUCUUUCGAUUUUGGAGUGAAAAUGGAGAAACACUGCACGAACUCUCAAGUCAAAGGAGUCAGCACAGGGACCACCAUCCUGGCUGCCACCUUUAAUGGAGGGGUUGUGAUUUGCUCAGAUUCCAGGGCUUCCAUGGGAGGAGAAUAUGUUUCCUCUAAGACCAUCAACAAGGUGAUUCAGGUUCAUGACCGGAUCUUCUGCUGCAUGGCUGGCUCACUGGCAGACGCUCAGGUCGUCAUCAAGGCUGCUAAGUAUAACUUGUCAUUCCACAGUGUCCAGAUGGAGAACCCUCCUCUGGUAAUAGCAGCAGCAUCGGUGCUGAAAGAACUGUGUUACCACAACAAAGACGAGCUACAGGCCGGCUUCAUCACAGCAGGCUGGGAUAAGAAGAAAGGACCACAGGUGUACGUCGUGUCUCUAGGGGGGAUGUUAGUCCCUCAGCUGGUUACCAUCGGUGGCUCCGGCAGCACUUACAUCUACGGCUACGUUGACGCUAAAUACAAACCCAACAUGAGCAGAGAUGAAUGCCUACAGUUUGCCACUAAUGCUCUUGCUCUGGCCAUGGGCAGAGACAACGUUAGCGGAGGCGUGGCUCACCUGGUGGUGGUCACUGAAACUGGGGUGGAGCAUGUGGUUGUUCCUGGAAACAAGCUUCCCAAGUUCCAUGAUGAGUGACGGCCUCUGAACAACCAAUGAAAUUACAUUUUUGUUUUGUUUGUAGCUUAAUGGAGUAAUUAUUCGAAAUCCAUAAUUUCAUUAGUAGCCUACUAUGUAUAGGACUGGGAUUUAGACAGUGCGUCAGUGUAUGACUUGUUUAUACAAAAUGUAUACAAAGCUACAAAAUUCCACUUAACUCUAAGAAUAUGUUAAUUCCAUUAUAGACAUCUCAAUUAUAAAUAAGGUUAUACAUGUCUUCUCUGUGUUGAAACCAAAUGUUUUGUGUAGAGGGGUUGUAGCCUACUUGAAGAAAUAUGUGAAAUGAGAAUAAAUAAAUAACACAUCUUACAAAUUG